CAUUCUAUACCGACAUGAGUGAGGCAGAAGAUCUAAACUAUCCAAAGCAACUGCUUGAAUAUAAAGAUGGGUUCAUGGUCUCGAAGACAAUGUUUACAGCAUGUGAACUUGGAGUCUUUGAUUUACUGCAUGAGUCAAGUGAGCCUUUAUCUACAGCAGAUAUUGCCUCUCGUUUGGAGAUAAGCAUCGAUGGGGCCGAUCGUCUUUUGAGUGCUUGUGUAUGUCUAAAACUCUUGAAAGUAGAAAUGAUAAAUGAAAAUGAGGUCUAUACAAAUACAGAUCUUUCCAGUCUAUACCUCACAAAGUCAAGUCCAAAAUCGCUUUACCACAUGAUGAUGUACUAUUCCAACACCCUGUAUACAUGUUGGAAUUUCUUACCAGAUGCUAUAAGAGAAGGCAAAAACCAAAAUGAAAGGGCUUUUAAAAUAUCUACAAAAGACAUAUUUGAAGCUAUUUACAGGUCAGAGGAUGAGAUGAAAACCUUUAUGCAACAUAUGGACUCAGUUUGGAGUAUAUGUGGAAAAGAUGUAAUUACAGCUUUUGACCUCUCCAUGUUUCAUAAAGUUUACGAUUUAGGAGGUUGUUCAGGCGCUCUUGCAAAGCACUUUGUUUCUGCAUUUCCUGAAUCUAACGUCACAAUUCUAGAUUUGCCUAAAGUGGUAGAAACUGCAAAAAAACACUUCAUAAUGGACAAUGAACCUCGUAUUUCUUUUCUUGAAGGAGAUUUCUUUAAUGACCCAAUUCCUGAAGCUGACCUUUUUAUUAUCGCUCGGAUAAUUCAUGACUGGAAAGAAGAUAAAUGUGUCCAGUUGCUGACAAAAAUUUACCAGUCAUGCAGAAAAGGAGGUGGGGUGCUUCUUAUUGAAGCUCUGCUAAGUGAGGACAAACAUGGCAUGGUAACGUCCCAGCUGUACUCUCUGAACAUGUUAGUCCAGACAGAAGGCAAAGAGAGAACUCCAUCUGAAUAUAAGAAACUACUGACAGCCGCAGGCUUCACUGACGUUCAAGUGAAAAUAACUGGGAAAAUCUAUGAUGCCAUACUAGGAAAGAAAUAAACCUGCUUUUUAUUUUUAUUAUUAUUUAUAGUGUUUUUGCAUGUCGUGUUAGCAUUAGAUAUUUGUUUGCUUUCUCAUGCAUGCAGUGAAUACUCCAUAAAUAUCCUUUUCAGAAUAAACCCAGAACUAUACAAGCUUUACAGCACUAUUAUGCUUUGUAAAAAAAAUGUUGUCUGAUUAUAUACUCUUACAGACUUUAAAAACAGUAAUUUAUUUCUGCAUAUUAAUAUACAUGUUACAGGAAAACUGUAGCAUUAGGAAUACAUAAAUGUGUUUCACAAACCCUAGCACUGUGAGUCUUCUGGAAAUGUUUGUCCCCAGUCUCAGCUCUGUGUGUCUGUUAAAAACAUGCUGCCAGACCAU